GUUAUCAAAAAUCAUACUGUUCAUAGAAAUGCUAUAAAUGCAAAAUGAAUUUGACCUUUCUGUUUCAACAGAUAGUCGCAAUCGAAUCAUAGCGUACAGAAUCUUUGCAUGGCUAGUACUACGAUCCUAUUGACCAGGUAGGGCCUCGAACAACUGGCUUGUAAGACCAGCGACCUAUGCAUUGAACCGCAAACCCGGGCGGUUAUUUCCGAUUAUUUUAUUCCAUCCGAUAAAAUUGUGAAUAUAGUAAAUUGUAUAGUGUCAUGUUCUCUUUUCUUUUGUUAUAAAUCUCACCUCCAUUGAAAGGUUUACUAUUUUAUGUAUAUCCUUUUGUAAUAUAAGAUGUUUGAAACUCGUAGAUUGAAUAGUAAUCGUUCCACAAAUCUUUAUAAGUUCGUCAAGAAUUCAUUUGCUCUGAUUCGUUUUCAAGUAAUUGUUUUGAAAAUGCUUCGUAUCCCACCAUAUACGUCUCGAUACCCACUUGUUAACUAUUAAUAAUUUACCGUCCUAUAUACCGACUAUUCCGUCUUAACGGAAUAACGUUCCUUGAUUGAACUGCGUAUCCAGACUAUUGUUUGAUACUGAAACCCCAAAUUUUAGAAAAGAACUGUACAUGUUCGCCCAACUUUUUGGCUUCGCAGACGAUAUUGAUAUUGUGACACGUAACCUUGAGUAGAUGACGGAAACAUACAUCGGACUGGAAGCUGAAGCCUGGCAUUUCGGACUGGCCAUAAAUGCGUCAAAAACAAACUACAUGAUAGCUAUAGCUGCUAGAUGUAGAUUGUAUGUACAAUUUUGUCGGAAAAUUUUAUCCCUGGAUCGAUCAAGAACGGAGAUUCUAACCCGACACCAAAAAGAUAAAAUCAACGAACUCACUUUUUCCCUGCUUCAAACUAAUAUAGCAUUUAUUAAACCCUAAUAGAGUAUUAGCUAUGUACAUCGGUUGCAAGUUAUAUCAAAAUAGAAAGUUCAGUUUGAGUCAAGUGUAGUAAAGAGUAAUAAGCGAAAACGCUAUAAGUUAUCCAGGCGGCUAGUAAGCACUAAUAAUGACUGUAAAAUAGCUCUUUAUGAGCACCGGAAAUUCUUAUAGCUCUAUAUCGGCAAUCUGAAAGCUCAUCUGUUAUAAAUCAACCAGAAUUCAGCUCUCUGAAUGCACACUUUUCAUAACAAAAAAAAAAUCUAUAUGAAUAGCUGUAUAUUUUGCCUAAGUCGGCCCUAAUUAAGCCUCAAGAGCGAUUGAAAUGCCAGUUAGCGAUUAUUUUCUGAGCUUAACCUCCUGACAGUGAAAACCAACAGUCGAUAAAUACCUGCCAAACGACUGAACUCUCGUUCGAUAAGUGUCACCUCAGCGGGACUAUACUCCUGCACGAACUCCAUCGGGUGUGAUUUGUUAUUUACCCACUUCACUGAUGUUGAUCUCCGGAUAUUCAAAACACUCAAUCGGUGUUGGGGUGGAAGAUUACCGUAUUUAAAUAUUUGCACAGUUCACAGCCAUUGACCGAAGAGGAGGGGGUAAACUUUAACGCCUGAUUCAUUCCCGUACACUUAGCAAAGUAGUUAUCUACCUGGACAUACUGAAACGGGUUUUUUUCUCAUACCCAUUGUUGUACGGGAAACAAAUUUAAUUGACAAAAAAAGCAUAUCGUUAAACAUGGACGAAGCAAGAUUUUUCGUGGAAAUAAGCAAGUCAUUGUUUAUAUUCCUGUAGAAUUAUAGCCCUAUUUUACCUGUUGUGCGGAAAAGUCAACGCCCUACAGUGAAAAAAAAAUCUACCUGUCUCAAGGUUUAAGAUCGUUACAUUAUUAUCUGGAUCGUUGUGACUGUUGAUCAUAUCUUGUUGUUUGAUCGAAGAUUCUCAACCAUUCAGAUGUCCGAGUAGCAGCGAUCUGUUACGGUGAGGUUAGGGAAUUUGCAUGCAAAUACCGGUACUUUAUUGCCUCAAGGGAAAUCCUGGAUCAAUGUAGACGUAUUUCCAGAAGCGAUGAAUACGUUUCCUGUUGGUUCUGGAGUAAGCUAUAAGGAAAUUGUAAUCUUUUAUAUGCAAAUAAAACAAUUAUUCAUGUCACCCGUCAGGAAUAAAUCCAAAUUACAAUUAUAAUUGAAGACUAAUGGCCAAUCAACAUGGGUUUAGAUUGACGCAUAAUCUGAAUCAAACCGCUCGGAACAUCGUUUAUAAUCAUGUUCAAUCGAUCCAACAGUGCUAGAAGUGCUUCAAUAGCGUUUCAAUUCUGACCAGUUAGUUCACAAUUCCGCUAAAAUGUUGAACGGCAGUCAACUCGCAAACCUACUGGUGAUCUCCAGUUUGUUCCUCGUCGGAUCAAUUGAAGCUAGUGAAAAAAUGAAUCAACUGAUAGAAAUCUGUACGGCAGGACUCGACCUGCCGCCGGAUAUGAUCCAACGUUAUCGGAAAACGGACUUCCCGGAUGAUCCGGCCACGAAGUGUAUGCUGCGUUGCAUUGGUCUAAAUCUAGGCGUUUACGAUGACUUGAACGGUGUGCACAUGCACGACACGUGGCUUAUGUUUCGUGAUGGACGUGAAGACGCCUCGGAAGAGAAAUCCUUUGCCGAUCGGCACUAUCGCUGCAUUGAGAAAGAAUUGGCACAAGUUCGGGAGCACGAUUAUUGCGGUCGUGUGUACGCCGUGUAUCAGUGCUACAAGGAUGAGUUUCAAACAUUGAUGCGGAAAUUACGGAAUGAUGCUGGUCGGGAUUGAGAGAAAUCGAUUACGCGUGAAUAUAUGGCAUUACCAAAAGAAUCACCUUUUUCAUUGUUGCAAGUGUUAGAUGUUAACCUAUAAACUUUGUUCAACAACUAGAAACAAAAAAUCGGAACACAAAAAGCAAGGUGAAACGUCAAAAAUAUUCAUUGCCUACUUUUCGUAACCAACAAAAGGCAACACGCAUGUGUUUUUUUGUUUCAUUCACCAACGCAGUCGCGACGUCACUGCUCCACCCUUCAUCAUCACAACCAAUUAACCACGGACUAGCGGUGCCUGGAGUCAAAGACAUCAUAUUAACAAGAUAUCCAGCUCUCACAUUUCCCGAACAAAUUAUUGGCAACAUCCUUUUUUGCGAGCAUGUCGCCCUCAGGUGAGUCUGCAUCGAAUCUCAUACAUAGAAGUAGGGGAGAGAAAUGUCAAAUUCGUACGCGCCAAAAUAGCAGGGCUGCGCACCCAUACAAUUGACAUGACAUGUUGAAUGAGACGCCGUGCGAUGGCGUUGCUGAACUGAAGAUUGAGAUCGCUCCAAGCUGACAGGGUCUGCUGGAGUGUAGAGUGUGUGCUCCAAAAGUCAAGGCCACAUGAGCUUCUGUUUGCAUCGGGGUAGCGAUACAACCAACCAAUGUACUGUGAUGCUGUCUUUAUCUGAAUCAUUCUGUCUUCUCGGUGUGCGUGUUCGUGUGUACGCCACGCCAGUAUAGGUGCUAAUAAAAGUAGGUUAGUGUGCAAUUAGUUUCCGCCGAGACUCGAAUGACGCAUCUGCCUGCGAUGCCGGUCUGGAUCUUCGCACCUCGCUUCGCUUCGUUUACGCAUAAUGCAUAAUUGCCUGUAGGUACGCGGGUGGUGUUGCAUGUCAAUAACUUUCUCCACGAAUGAAGCAAUGGUCGGGGAGAGGUGGAAUUGGAAGAAGUAAAUCGCGCACAGACACUAUUAGUACGGUUCUUCUUCCGAGCGGAUGUCGUAUUUGUUUACGAAUUCCCUUGUCGGUGGGGAGGACUUUAUUUACCGUAUGCUAUGGCCUUUUGAUAAACGUUUCAAGACACCAACUUAUGUGUAAGUCAGAACUGAAAACACUGUUAAAUGACAUAAAUAGAAUGUGUGGUGUUCGACGAAUUAGAGCGAAAGCAUGUGAAAUGUGAAAGCAAUUGAAUAUUCCAUGAGUCUUCCAGAUGGCAUUGGUAAAUAUCUAUGCUGGCCGCAUCCUUCGGUCCGCGGGAAACACCCCCAGGCUACGAAGGCCCGGCAGGUGGCCCGCAUGCAGGUUUUCGACUGGAGCGAUCUUCCGUGGGUGGUUAUGUUACGGAAGAGAAUGAAAAAAGUAAAUAUUGUGGAAAUGGGUAAAAUGUCUGAAAAUGACAGAGAUCUAAUUAGUUGUUAUCGAGAUGGUGAAGAGGCAGGGAAAGGGGAACGAAAAAGUUAGUGACAAAAAAGAUCUUGUUAGUUACAAUGAAGAGGGUGGACAGGUACAGGGAUCGAGAGAAUAAUAUCAUUUUACUCUUAAAGUCAAUCUAUCGAACAGGGGCAGUAGAUCUCACUCUAGCUAAUGGUUUUCGUGUAUAAAUUUGAAUUCGCAUAAAUAGUUUUGAUUUUGUUUACCUUUAUCGCAUUGUCACCUAGAUGACGGAUUACAGUUUCUAACCCUCAUAUACCUACUUUCGGUGAUUCCAGAACUUAGAAUGACAGAAAAGUGUAUCUUAUCGGUAAGGCGGUAAGGUGUAAUGAUGCCUUUCUCAUAUAACUCAUGUUUUCACAAAUAUAAGGUGAUUUUUUAAGAGGUAUUGGAUUUGAUUAAAAAAAAAUUUGGGAAAAUUGACGAAGUCUUCAAUGGAAUCGAUCGAAUCGAUUAAUAUAUUGUAAUGUUUGGAGAUGAUUUCAUGCAAAUGUUGACCGCAACUUCUCUGUAGAUGACCCAUGCGCAAAAUCUAGUUUUGGCUCACUCUCUCCAACUCCAACUCUCAAUAUUGGCUUCCAGUGCGUCAAUCGUUACUGGUUCAUUCUUUUAGACAUGGACCCACAUGAAAUAGUUCAAAGGCGUUAAAUCACACGAUCUAGGCGGCCAAUUGACGAGUCCAAAACAUGAGAUAAACUGUUCACCGGAGGCGGCUCUCAAUUUGGUUAUUGUUUCGCGUGCCGUGUGGGAUGUGGCACCGUCUUGUUGAAACCACAUGUCAGGCAUGUCCAAUUCACCCAUUUUUGGUCAGCAAAAUCGACAAUCAUCACACGGUAGCGAUCGCCCUUCAAAGUAACGUUCCGCCCAUCGUCGCCUUUGAAGAAGCACGGCUCGAUUAUGCCACACCGAACAGUGACUUUUCGGGAUGCAUUGGUAGAUAUUGCAAUGCUUCUAGCUGGUCUUCACUCCAGAUGCGACAAUUUUGCUUCUUGACGUGUAUCCAUUCAACCAGAAAUGAGUUUCGUCACUGAACACAAUUUUUCGAUAAAAAAGUGAACCUUUUAAUCUCUCGACCAAGCUAAAAUUUUGAUAGUAAAAUUCAAUAAUUUGCAAGCGUUGUUCGUUCGUAAGUCGAUGCAUGAUAAAAUUAUAGACCAAACUGAGUUUGAGAAUGACACAAUACACGAUUCACGCGUGAUCUGUCAAAAACAGUGUUACCAGAAAGAUGCCAGCAAAAAAUCACCCCUAAAAACAAGGGAUUCUUCAAAAAACCUGUUUCCUCGAAUCUUAGAUAAAAAACAAGAAAGUUUAUUUAGGCAUAAACUAGACCUUUCAUUUGAACCUAAGCUUGUGAAAUUUCGUUGAGCGGUCACUAAGAAAAUCGAAAUUCAUAGUUUAAAAAAUUUUAAAUAAAAAGUCGGCUCAAUCGGCUACGUAAAGUUUGUACGCAAGUAGGCUUGAACAAAAUAUCUUUUAAAUAAAAAAAUAUCUAGUUAGUAGAUGAGUUCUCGGUUCCGGAAGUAUCGCAAUAGUGACCUAGAACUUAAAAAUUGAACUUACUUCAUUUUCUCGGGGAUGGUUGGAGCGAUUGUCACAAUAUCAGAUCCAAAUGAAAGGUAAUAUUUCUCAUCGGGAGCUAUCGGAUUUUAUCCGUAUCCGACUUGCGAUUCCGGAAUUACAGUAGGAUGAUUACUCCAAAUUUUCCACCCGCCAUUUAGAGCAGCGUUGCAAAAGACGUAAACGAUGUUUUAAAUGAGACCCAGAACAGUUUUAAUUUGUAGUUCAUUCUGGUUGCUGGGCAAAUGAAUCGACUUCGGUUCUAUCAGUGCCCAGUUCCCGGUUCCGGAAGUGUCG